AUGACUCGCAAGAAGUUCUUCCAGACCUGUGUGAUUUGAAAUUUGUUGUUCGGUUUAGUUAAUUAUCAUUGUUACUCCUCCCACCAUGCUUUGCUGCCACCCUGUACCACUGGGUUAGUGGUAAUUGCUGACCAGUUUUCUCCUGUUCCUUCAUGCACGGUCCAUCUGGAAAUGCCUUCCCCUUGUGUUAUUUAAUUAUUGGACCUGGCGAAUUAUGGAUGGAAUCUUCGGGAAUGGACAUUUUUAAUGGGUGAAUUUUAAUGGGACUUGAAUGUUAACGUUACUUUCUGGGACUUUGAUCAUUGUUGGAAUUAAACUGGAUUUGUGGUGCAUAUUACCUACUUUUGUGCAUUGAACCUGAACCAAAAUGAACAAAUUUGGAACAAUUGCUGCAAAAUACUUGUCUGGAUUUAUCUGCUAUGGGAUUGGACAUCACAACAUGUCUGCACGGGUGAUGUGCUCUCUGCCUAAUAAACAGAUUACGGAAGCAUUGGCAAAGUUGCUGGAAUUGAAAGCUCAGCUUGGAACUAAUGAUGGAAAACAACUGUUUGUCCUCAAAACGCCCAAGGGGACCAGAGACUAUAACCCAAAGCAAAUGGCUAUCCGUGAAAAAGUCUUCAGCACCAUCAUUAACUGCUUUAAACGCCAUGGAGCUGAAACCAUUGACACUCCAGUGUUUGAGCUCAAGGAAACCCUUACUGGAAAAUAUGGAGAAGAUUCAAAACUUAUUUAUGACUUAAAGGAUCAGGGUGGCGAGCUGUUGUCAUUGCGUUAUGACCUGACUGUUCCUUUUGCCCGUUAUUUAGCUAUGAAUAAAAUUACCAACAUUAAGAGGUAUCACAUUGCUAAAGUAUAUCGAAGAGAUAAUCCAGCCAUGACCAGAGGUCGCUACAGGGAGUUCUAUCAAUGUGAUUUUGAUAUUGCUGGUCAGUAUGAUCCAAUGAUUCCUGAUGCUGAAUGUCUGAAAAUUGUUCAUGAGAUCUUGAGUGAGCUGCAGCUGGGAGACUUUCUAAUUAAGGUUAAUGACAGACGUAUCCUUGAUGGGAUGUUUGAAGUGUGCGGAGUGCCAGCUGAUAAGUUUCGAACCAUCUGUUCUGCAGUAGAUAAAAUGGACAAGAUGCCAUGGCAGGAAGUGAAGAAAGAAAUGGUUGCAGAAAAGGGGCUUUCUCCAGAUGUUGCCGAUAAGAUCGGAGAAUACGUUCAGCUCAAUGGUGCAACAGAGUUGGCUGAUGAGCUGCUCCAGGAUGACAAACUGUUGCAAAGCAAGGUGGCUUUGGAAGGUCUAGCUGACAUGAAACAGCUCUUUGAGUAUUUGACAUUUCUUGGUAUUAAAGACAGGGUUGUCUUUGACCUCAGUUUAGCUCGAGGUUUAGACUACUACACUGGUGUGAUCUAUGAGGCUGUGCUAGGCCCAAAUCAGGCUGACACCCGGAUGCAACAGAAUGAACAUUGUGAGCCAACUGGCGUUGGCAGUGUAGCUGCUGGAGGGCGAUACGAUGGCCUAGUUGGAAUGUUUGAUCCCAAAGGUCGGAAAGUGCCAUGCGUGGGAGUCAGCAUUGGGAUUGAAAGGAUAUUCUCCAUAAUGGAACAGAAAAUGGAGAGCUCUGAUCAGAAAAUUCGUACAACAGAGACUCAGAUCCUUGUUGCCACAGCGCAGAAGCAGCUUCUGGAAGAGAAGAUGAAAUUGGUGGCAGAGCUGUGGAAGUAUGGGAUUAAGGCAGAAAUCAUCUACAAGAAGAACCCAAAGCUCCUGAACCAGCUGCAGUAUUGUGAGGAGACAGGAAUUCCCCUGGUGGCUAUAAUUGGAGAGCAAGAAAUCAAAGAUGGGGUUGUCAAACUUCGAGUUGUUUCUACAAGAGAGGAGGUUGAUGUUGCAAGAGAAAAUCUCAUAGAAGAAAUCAAGAAGAGAACCUACACAUCCUAACCCCUUCUGAAAGAUGUAAAAUGUCUGACCUUAAAAUGUCUUUUGCACAUUGAACAGUACCGCAGAAUGCCAUGUUACAUCAUUAACCUGAACCACUGCUUGUUAAUAUGCACUGUGAACAAGAAAAUCACCACUCUGUUCACAGUAUGAGAUGGAAAGAAUAUUUGUUUCUUCUGAAUUACACUUUAAAAUAGGAUAUAAAUAUAUGUUUUAUCUCAAUUAUGUUUCACAAGGAUAUUCUGCCUUUCACAAAGGCAGAGAGAGGCUAGAAUUUGUUGGCUAGCCAAAUCAAUAAAAAGGCAAUGCUGGCAAA